AUGACGGAGGUGCAGACCCCGGUAGCACUCGACCAGCAGCUUGAAGACACUGGGAAAGCUCAAUACAGCUUCAACUUUAGCGACUUUUUGCGACGAGAGUACCGUUUCGGCCUUAAUCCCAACCGGCCAUCCUGCAAAGCGUAUCUACAAGGGCACUGCCCGCUAGGUAGUCGGUGUCCUGACAAGCAUCCUGUCUCGUCUUCAUACAACAAUCUAGUCUGUAAACAUUGGCUGCGCGGCCUAUGUAAGAAGGGCGAGACCUGCGAGUUCUUACACGAAUACAACCUGCGACGAAUGCCUGAAUGUUCAUACUACGCACGAACCCAGACGUGCUCGAACGGCGACGACUGCCUGUACCUCCACAUCGAUCCCGAGGCCAAGCGCCCAUCUUGUCCGCACUACGACCGGGGGUUCUGCCCGCUUGGACCACACUGCGCGCUCAAGCACAAUAAGAAAGAGAGAAUUUGUCCGUUUUACUUGUGUGGCUUUUGUCCCGCAGGGCCACAGUGCAAAGACGGGGCGCACCCAAGAUUCCCUACGGAUCUCAAGAAGCCAGAGGUACGCAUUGAGAAGAGCCCAGAGGAGCUUGAGGCAGAACGUUUAGAGCGAGAGCGAGAGAUGAUGAGGAGGGAAGAGGAGGAGCGUGAAAGAGACGACGGACGAGGAUUUCGUGGCGGACGUGGUGGCAGGGGCGGUUGGAGAGGAAACAAACGUGGAGGUAGAGGAAGAGGCAGAGGUCGAGGCGACCACUAA